CGAGUGGGCGGGACGUUCAUUCGGCUGUAGUUCCGUCAUCUCGCUCGUCUCCGAGGCUACGGGGGGCCAAUGUUGAUUUGGGUGAAUUCCCGUCGUUGUCGGACCCCGCCGAGGUUGAUUUUUUAACAGCUGGGUUCAGUAACGAAACGCGGAGAGCUUCCGACUGAGAUUAUUGCAUCAGCGCCUCUGGUAUCGUUGUUUUUUUAGGCUGGCGAGAGGUGGGGAGCCGGGGUGGGGGGGCUCGUUCGGUGGGGGCUGCAAGGAGGGACAGGCGAAGGCUGGAUCCUCCGUGUUCAGGCCAACUGCGCCGAGUUCGGCCUGACAGUCCGGUGAAGCCCCAGUGUCCGAGAUACCUGAACGGUAGCUCCCCGUGGAUUUAACCUCGAUAUUGGUCGCAGGUUGCUGGUGACCGUGGAGUUCGCCCCGCUCCACUAUCCCGUCUCUCGCCGUGGCACCGCAUCAUCACAUCAGCAGCUGUCAGGCUAUUAAAGACCAGGAUCUCGGAGUUAACGGUCGGUGCUGCUGGAUUUAGGAAAUACCGUCCAGACCUAAUCGAGAUUAGACCGGCUUCAGAAGGCUGCGGGGCGGCCAGAAAGCCACGGAUCGACCGUUGACAGGUUGUCAUCAUGGGCAACGCGCCCACGGCCAGGAAGGGCAGCGAGAUGGAAAGCGUCAAGGAGUUCCUUGCUAAAGCCAAAGAGGACUUCCUCAAAAAAUGGGAGAAUCCUGCACAGAACACUGCUUGCUUGGAGCAGUUUGAGAGGUUGAAAACCCUGGGCACGGGCUCAUUUGGCCGUGUUAUGCUGGUGAAGCACAGAGAAACGGGUCAGCAUUACGCCAUGAAGAUCCUCAACAAGCAGAAGGUGGUGAAGCUCAAGCAGAUAGAGCACACUCUGAAUGAGAAGAGGAUUCUUCAGGCUGUCAGCUUUCCUUUUCUUGUCCGGUUAGAGUAUUCAUUCAAGGACAACACUAACCUCUACAUGGUGAUGGAAUAUGUACCAGGUGGAGAGAUGUUCUCCCAUCUACGGAGAAUUGGCAGAUUUAGUGAGCCUCAUGCUCGGUUCUACGCUGCUCAGAUCGUUCUGACCUUUGAGUACCUGCAUGCUUUGGACCUGAUCUACAGAGACCUGAAACCUGAAAACUUGCUCAUAGACCAACAGGGCUACAUACAGGUUACAGAUUUUGGCUUUGCCAAACGUGUAAAGGGCCGGACCUGGACACUGUGUGGCACCCCAGAAUAUCUGGCUCCAGAGAUUAUUCUCAGCAAGGGGUAUAACAAGGCAGUAGACUGGUGGGCGCUGGGUGUGCUCGUCUAUGAGAUGGCAGCGGGGUAUCCUCCUUUCUUUGCUGAUCAGCCCAUUCAGAUCUAUGAAAAGAUCGUAUCAGGGAAGGUGCGUUUCCCAUCUCACUUCAGUUCAGACCUGAAAGACCUCCUGAGGAAUCUGUUACAGGUGGAUCUCACAAAACGUUACGGCAACCUCAAGAACGGAGUCAACGACAUUAAAGGACACAAGUGGUUUGCAACAACUGACUGGAUUGCCAUCUACCAGAAGAAGGUGGAAGCUCCGUUUGUCCCCAAGUUCAAAGGACCAGGCGACACCAGCAACUUUGACGACUAUGAGGAGGAGGAGAUACGUGUCUCCUUCACUGAGAAAUGUGCCAAGGAGUUUGCUGAGUUCUAGAGUUAGAGAGCGAGAGAGGAAGACAGAAGGAAGUAGGGAGAGUCAAAGGUAAGCUGGUCACGUGGGAGACAUAAGGAGAGGGUACUGUCUCCUGUCCAAUCACAAGCACCAGCUACAAAAAAAGAGGAAAAAUGGUGUAUUGAAGGGGAAAAAGAGCAAGGAGACUGAUAACCAGCAGUGUUGCCUUUUCUGUUGUUGUCUGUUGUAUUUUAUUUAUUAUUCUGUCUAAUUUAUGGAUCCCUUUAUAAUGAAGGUGUGCUUCCUGGGUGUCGGGAACCCCACUAAUUUAGAGCUGCCUCUGCUCAUUUUCACUCAAGAUCUUUCCUUUUCUUUUAUGGUUUCACUCAUCUUUUGUUCAUUUUUUUCACAACAGCAUAGAGAAAUGAGUCAGUCUGUUGGUCUGAUCUGAUCUUCUACUCAUUCCAUGAAGCCCAAUGAGUCUUGUACAAGUUUAGGUCUCAGUCCAUACAAAACUUUCUGAAGUUUAAACAGGCUAACUUGCUCUUUGCUGCUGAUCAAGAAGAGCAUGUCAGUGAAUAGUUAAAUGAAUCACACACAUGUAUGUAAUUUCAAGUUACACAACUUUUUGUUUGGCAAAUUUGAUCUCAGUUUUUCCUCAAAUAUUGAAACAUUUGCCCUCUCAUAUCAUAGAUGACGUUCUUCAAGGCAUUAUGGGCCAAAAAGGAAAGCAAGAAACAGAUGCAUUGUGAACUUAAAUUUCAGUCAGAGACAGAUGACACUUAAAGGAAAAAGUCAAUUGCGUUUACUGUGUAACUCCAUCUAACACUCUUAUCAUUGUUAGGUAUAGUCAGACUUAGUGCAUAUCUGCAGUACUCCAUUUUAAAUGCUAUUAGAUACUAGUGGCUCCAAUGAUAUCAUGUCACACUAACGAAACAAAAAAACAAGGAAAUAUGAAUAAGGGAAUGGAAUAAUCUCAGUUUUAUUGGUGUUGUGAGGAAACACCAUAACAUAAUGGUAUCUCAGGUUUGAACAUAUCACUUAAUAGACAUUUUAUCAGCAUAAAGGUUCAGCAGGUAAAUUUGUGAUAAAGAUUUGGGAAUUUAAAGUUCUGGAUAAAAUUAGGAGGAACAAAAAGGGAAUGUUUAGGAUUCUGGUUAGCGUCUUCCAGAAGAUUUCAUUUUGCUUUUCGACAUCUCUCUUUUCAAAGAAGCACUUACUGUCUCUGCUCAGAGAUCAUUUGAUUCUGAUUGUUGAAUCAAAUGUUUGGCCCUGCGACUAAAAGAGACCAUCUGAGGCAGACGACCUCAAUCUGGUCAUUACAGCACUUUGACCAGUCACUGGUUGGGGUCUGGAUCGUGUGCUUUAAGAAACCGUUUAUGCUCAUCUCCCCCAUCACCCUUUUUCUCUUUUCAUUUGCAAAGCAAGACCACAGUCCAUGUGACAGUCUUACAGCACCUCUGUUACAUUUAUGUGUUUAAAACAUGUACAGUUUUUGUCAACUUUUGUUUUUUCGUGUGGUGGCGAUGGUAAUGUAAAGGUGACUAGCACUUCAUUGAACAAGUUAGGAAAGGAUAGAGGACCAGGAGGCGAAUUCUUAGUGCGCGAUAUACAACCUGCCGAUUUAAAGAAAUAGCACUUCAGGUGUUUGGUGUCUCCUUGGGUUCCUGAGUUGUGAUGGAAGAGUACUCAAACAAUGCCCAUAACGGUGGUCAUUGUAAAAUUUGUUCAUUUCAGAAUUUAUAAAAAUAAAACCAAGUGACACUGAUGUCUGUUGCAGACAUUAAAAUGCCUUCUUUAUAGCUGUAAUUUAAUGUGCCACCGUAAUGAAGAUAUUCUGAUUUGGUUAAUGCAGACGCCUUGGCUUCUCCUCAUCAUUUUAAACUCUGGAUAUUCGUAAUUCAUGAAUCCUUUCUGUCUGAAAUGGUUCAGUAACAGAAAAAUAUCACAAGAGUUUUCUUAGAAUUACACAUUUGCUAUGUGUGAUUGUUUGUACGUCAUGCGUGAUAUGGAAUGUCCAAUCACAAGCAACCCCAAUGACCCAAUGUGUAGGAACUUGCAGGAUGAACUGUUACAGAUUAUUUUUAGUCCAGUGCGGCUCGGUGUCCAUGUACCUGCUACGGUGGCCUCGGGCCUUGAUUAAAACUCCAUUCCCACUCUUUGUACGUGGCCCCAGAUUUACAGUGUGGUAAUGUGGUUUAAUUAGAGUAUUAAUUUAGGAAUUUGCACUGCAGAAGCUCAGUAUCUACUGAAGCAAUGAAGGUCUGAAAGUACCACUCCUAGGAUUCAGUAUUAGAUUUUUGGAGGGGACAGGCAGAGAUACUGUGUCUAUUAUGCCUUGUGUGGGUCAAGAUCUAAAAAUACUGAAACCUGCAUCUCCUACAUCCUUUUAAGUCUGUGUGGCUAAAUGCAAAAAAUUUGGAAUGCAGGUUAUCGAUUCAAAAUGUGGACCCUUCAAGCCCCUGUCUUAGAUGCUCGAGUGAUGUGGCAUUAUUUUUAUUUUUAUUAGUUUUUCAACAGGGGCAGUGCUCACUGAUAAACACAAACCAAACUGUAAAUGAGCAAGAGUUAGCCUAGAAGGCUGGUUUUCAGAUGAAAAUGACAUAUCUUAUCAAAUCUGUAUAAAAUAGCACAGUACACAUCUAGUAAUAAUUAAUACCACACUUUAAUGUGUGGUAGAAUGUUGAAUAGUGGGACCCCUCUAUGACAGAUCCACCUUAAACACCCUCAUAUUGUGACUUGAUAUUGUGCUUCAGUGUGGCAUAUUCCCAACACAGUUGCAGUUCAAUCACAGCAAAACCAUUUUCCACAGUAAACCUGGGGUUUCUCAAAGAAAAUCAUGCACGGCAACUGAUUCAGGACCAAAACAGUCCAGCCUCUCCCCUCGGUUUUCAUAUUCGGUGCUCAUCCUGAGCAAUGUCCAAGUCAUUGUUUUCCUCAGAGCUUCAGUAGAACACAACUGGACUUCUGUUUUGUUUUUGGUUGUUGAAGUCCUUUCACCUCUCAUCUAAGCUAAGGGGCUUCAUCAGUUUUUUUCUCUCUUCAAGAACCAAAAAAAGAUAAAUCCAGUUACCUUCUACUGAAGCUCUGAGGAAUGCCAGGGAACUUUUUAUUUUAUUUAUUUAUUUAUUUUACAUCUUUCUCAUUGUGAAAGGUGGAAAACUCAACAUUGUAUCCAUGAAUCUGAGAUCAAAAUCAUAUUGGAAGAUAAAAGGUGGCAAGGGCUGCAUGUCUACUUGUAGUCAUGAGGUGGUUUAUUGUUAUUAUGGACUAAUUUACAAACGUUUAUUAUUAUGAUUAUUGUUCCUUCAUUGUUUACAUCACUUGUUGAGAAUUCACAUUGGCUGUAUGUCCUUCAUGUCAGGUUUAAUGUUGAAACUAUAUCAUCAUGGACAAAAUGUUUGAAGAUAUGAAACAAUAUUAUUAUGUGUCUCCUCGAUGUUUUUUGCAGUGAUACGACUUCCUCUCAAUGCAGGCACAAUGCUGGUACAUACUGUCGCACUUUUUAGGGAAACGAGACCCCAAUGUAAACCAUGUUAACCCCUGCCACAAACACACACACAAACACACACACUGCAAAGGGAAGCGUCUAAAGUCACGGGAACAGUGACAUAAAAAAAACACGAAGUGUAAUAUUUUGCAACAUGAGUAUCAUUCCAAUAAAGUUUUACUUGUAAAAUUCUA